AUGGAAAGGGAGAGCCCUGCUGCCCGUGAUCGAGAUCGUGAUCACACGAACGGCGAUUAUUUUUACUCGCGCCAUCAUCCUGUUGGAUACGUGCUCGCUACGGAUCCUCUCACCGGCGACGACGAGCACGAGGAGGCCAUCCCCGGCCUAGGCCAGAAAGGUCCCGGUACACCCAGCGUCGGAUCCAAUCUCAAUCUCGCCAGAGCAUCGCCGUCACAGCAUCUGUCUCUUACGCCGGCUGCCUCCCCAUCUGCGUAUCCCUCAUGGCCCGGCAGUGCCGCUGCCAGCAAUUCUAUCGGAGGUAGCGGCAGCAGCGGUAGUGGUGGUACGGAAGCAGCCACAGCAUCAAUCACAGGAAGUACAAGCACAAUGAGCGAGAGAGAAAAUAAUAACAACCUCACACGCCCACAGCGGCCCCUGGGCCCAGCGAGAACACCGUCAAAUACCUACGCUCCUCCACGGCGGCCCAACCAGUUCAUUACCGCGCACUCAACCAGCCAGCUGCCGCUUUCUUCAAAGAGAACACCCCGCAGGGAACGUGACCGCGACCCCAACGCGCAGUACCAAGCACAGGAGAAAGCUUAUGUACAGAGAGUACGGCAAGGACCACCCAGCGAGUGGUUCAGCAACAAUAGCCAAAUGUCGUCUUCGGUUUCCUCGGCGGCUCUAGAUCUCGAGUCUGACGUUGGCGAGGAGUCACCUUCCUCUGAGGCUCAGUUUGAUCCUGAUACCUUUGAUCCAGAUCUGCGCCUGGGCCUAGAAGAGGAUGACCUACAGCCCACGCUCGAGGAAUUACGGGAUCCCAGAGCCCGCGAGAGACUAGAAUGGCAUUCUAUGCUAGCUUCUGUACUCAAAGGAGACGUUGUAAGGCAAGAGAAACAGCGUCUCAUUGGUACCAUGGAGCAGAAAAGCAAGGAGGUGCUAGGCGACGAGAUAUGGUUGGGCGUCAAAGCUCGCACACUUGCGCGACCCAUCGCAACACAGGCUAGAAUCAUCGAGGAGGAAAGGAAGAAUAUCGGUCCAAUGCUAGAAGAGAUUAUCAACUUCAAGAUCAAGGGCCAAGCUGAGAUUGGGAAACCCCCGCAGCAACAGGUUGAAGAUAUUGUCGAGAAAAUCGAAAGAGUGGAGAGCCUGUUCGCCUCUCGCAGACAGCUCCAACUUGCAUGCCCUCGUGCUGCGUCCGAGGAAUACUACGACUCCUGCAAUGCCAUCCUCUCAUGGCACAAUACCACUAAACUCAUCAAUACACAGCUUUCCAUCCUACAGAAAUGGGUAGGCAAUGAUGAACUUGACUUUACAAAACCCUUAGUCAAGACUUCCUAUGCAUCGGAACUAUCGGAUGAGGGGUCGUUCCUCGAUAGAGUCAUGAAAGAAGACGGCCUCAAGACUCUACAGGGUGGUGAUCAGAUGCUUGACGGUGUCGGAAAGGUCAUAAAAAAGGCCAAAAACACAAUGAUUGAAAACUCCGAUGCCUUCUUACAACGUCACUUACCGCCUUAUAUCGAAGAAUUGCUCACCUUGAUCAACUUCCCUUCACGCCUCAUCCAAGAAGUCACCCGUGUCCGCCUCUCAUAUGCCAAAAAGAUGAAAGACCCAGGCCAACAGUCCCCCAUUCUCCUCGAUCAGAUGAUUGUGCAAUUCCAGAUACUGAUGAAAGUAGCUACUGAAAUCAAAUAUCGAUACAUACUCAUCUCCCGCCCAGAACCUGGAUGGGACCUUCCUCCUUGUGUGGACGAAAAUUUCGAUAUGGUUGUUCUGGACGCGCUGAAGUACUACUUUAAACUGCUUAAUUGGAAACUGAGUGCAAACAAGAACACCUUCAAGGAAGCAGAAAUUUUGGAGCAGGAGUGGGAUUUCUCAAACCAGAUUGGACGACAGCUUGACGGUGGUGAUAUUGAGGUUGCCGAACAGUUUAGCACUUUAACCGCCAAAGCCUUGCAGCGACUGAUGUUACACUUCGAGCGCGAACUCCUAUCAAAACCACAAGACGAUGCUUCUGACAAUGAGAAACGAUACAAGACUAUUCUUGACUCCGUUCGAGUUCGACAACGAAAACUCUUCCGAUUCUCACGUUUCCUUCGGCAACGCUUCGAGAACGCUACCGAGUUCAACCUUCGUAACGAACACGUCGAGGCUUUUACCGAGGCACUCCUAGCGUCUGGCCAUUUUCUCGUCUCUACCAGCUCGGUUGGCCAGAAAGGCGUAUGCCUGAUUGCUUCGCCGUCCCUAUAUGACCGUAAAAAGGACAUCCAAGCCAUCCUGGGCACUUCAUUCCGCGGCGAUGAUGUCACCGAUAACCUCUCAUACCCUUAUAUCCUCGUCAUAAGACCAGACAAACCCUUCCAAUGGUCCGGGAAACGGUUCGAGGUUGACAUCAUUGAGCAUCCUACAGAUGUCCGCAUGGGGAAACUUCGCCUAGUCGCCGAUGGAUCUCAGGAACGACUUCAAAACGCUCGACUGGCACUUUCCAGGUUAACAGGCUUCGAAUUCGACGUCACUAUCGAACAACGUGCGAACCUAGGCCGUGUUAACGUAGAGCUGAACAAGAUCAAGAAGACAGCGUUUAAACUGUCCAAUACUAUCAUUGAUAGCGUGGAGAUUAUCAGAAGCCAGAGUACGGACAGACAAAAUCUUGAACUUAUCCAGUCAUGUUUUGCUUUUGCUACCGAAUUUGGCAAGAGAUCGUUGAUGUACAUGGAUCCCAAUCGCCGGUCCAUGAACCAGGGGAAACUUAUCAAGCUAGGCCUGGAUUGGAUUUCUUUCAUCUGCGAUGACUGUGAUGCCGCAGAUCGCAAGACAUUCAAAUGGGCCGUAUCCGCCCUUGAGUUUGCUAUGAUAAUUACCCAUGGGCAUGCUAUCAUCUCUUUGAACGAUCAAGAGUAUGAUCUACUCCGUGUCAAAGUUGCUGGCUGCAUGGCGUUAUUAAUUUCCCAUUUCGAUAUUAUGGGAGCUAGAUCAACAUUGGCUGCCAAGGCGGAAAAGCAACACUCGGACGCCGCUGGGAACUACCGGAAUCUGGAUUGUAGUGAUAUUACUAGUGACGAGGUGGCGUUGGCACAGGUACAAGCCCAAAGGUUACUGCACCUAUCAGACAUCGAGGCCUUCCGGGCGGAGGAGGAUGCCAAACGACAGCCGCUUGGGAAAGUAUUGGAAGGGGUCAACGAGGCCGAUCGUUCGCUGAGGGUACUUUCUUCAUCGGCUACAAAUAUCAACUUACGCUGGCAGCAGGGUCAAUUCAUUGGUGGCGGAACUUCGGGGUCUGUCUAUGCUGCCAUUGACCUGGAUACCAGUUACUUGAUGGCCGUCAAGGAGAUCCGCCUCCAAGAACCAUCCGUCAUUCCUGGUGCCGCUCAGCAGAUUAGAGAUGAGAUGGGUGUCCUUGAAGUCUUGGAUCAUCCCAACAUUGUCUCUUAUCACGGCAUUGAAGUCCACCGUGACAAAGUGUAUAUUUUCAUGGAAUACUGCUCUGGCGGAUCUCUUGCUACAUUACUUGAACACGGUCGCAUCGAGGAUGAGAUGGUCAUCAUGGUUUACGCACUUCAAAUGCUGGAGGGUCUAGCGUACCUUCAUCAAGCCGGCAUCGUCCAUCGUGACAUCAAACCCGCUAAUAUCCUACUUGACCACAACGGAGUCAUCAAAUAUGUCGACUUUGGCGCAGCAAUGGUCAUCGCUAGACAAGGCAAAACUCUCGCAGCAAUGGACCACUACAAGGAUUCCACAGCUGUUAACAAGGACCAGCGCAAGAAUCAGAAGUCUGUCAUAGGUACACCCAUGUACAUGUCACCCGAGCUUGUACGAGGAGAAACAAGCCACCGCUCCUCCCGUCAUGGCUCAAUGGAUAUCUGGUCCCUCGGCUGUGUCAUUCUCGAGAUGGCCACUGGCAUGCGCCCAUGGGCUGGCAUUGACAACGAAUGGGCGAUCAUGUACAAGAUCGCACAGGGAAACCAGCCUCAUCUCCCAAGUAAGAGUGAAUUGUCUGAACUAGGCAUUGAUUUCAUCAAACAAUGCUUCGAGCCUGACCCAGCCAAACGGCCCAGUGCUGCGGAGCUUUUGCAGCAUGAAUGGAUCGUCUGCAUUAGGAGACAGGUCGUCGCAGAGCCGCAAACGCCUAGUAGUGACGGAAGCGGCUUUACACCUAAUCUAGGCAACACGCGGCAAAACUCAAGCCAGUUUUGA